AUGUACGGAGACAACGUUGCCCCUCCCGUCGACCCUUACUCGGACGCGUACAACGACGCACCUCCCGCAGCCCCUGCCCCCGCAGUAGAUCCGAGGGACCGCGACCUCCCUCCUCCUCGUGGCCGCUCUCGCUCUCGCAGCCCUGUGAGGGGAGCUGGCCCCCCUUCAAGCUUCCGCAGGUCGCCAGCUCCUCGUCGCCCGGCCCAUGCACCAAUUGCGCCCAAUCCCUCGAAUGUGCUCGGGGUAUUCGGCUUGAGUAUCCGUACUACGGAACGCGACCUCGACGAUGAGUUCAGUCGCUUCGGCCGUGUCGAAAAAGUUGUCAUUGUCUAUGAUCAGAGAUCCGACCGCUCUCGCGGGUUUGGUUUCAUCACCAUGUCCACCGUUGAUGAAGCCUCUAGGUGCAUUAAGGAGUUGAAUGGUGUGGAUCUAAAUGGUCGUCGAAUCCGUGUCGACUAUUCCGUGACCGACCGUCCCCAUGCGCCCACGCCCGGCGAGUAUAUGGGACAUCGUCGCCGACGUGGCCGGGAUGCGUAUCCAAGCCGCGAUUUUCGGGACGACAGGUAUGAUGACUACCGGGACCCAGUCCGCGACUCUCGCCGUGAUCGUGAUCCCUACGCGCGGCGCGACGAUAGGGAUCGUGACAAUUAUGGGAGGGACUCUCGUGACUGGCGCGACCGUCGCAGCCCCCCUCCUCGCAGCCGCUAUUCGCCGGAUUACAGGAGGCGCAGGAGCUAUUCUAGGAGCCCUCCUAAAGGCAGCAGCCCCACUCGCGUGCGGGAUUAUGACGCCUCCUCCAGUGCGCUGCCUCCUACCAACGGAGAUACUUCUCGUUGGUAA